AUGGAAGACGAAGUAGUCAUCGCUUCUUCAUCCAUCGAAGCCGGAAUCGGUUGCUGGGGCCUUCGUUCCGGUGCAGAACAUCUCCGCUACCGCUCAUGCGCCUCUCCUCCUCACGGCCUUGUAUCCGUCGCUGGACGCUUCCUUGCUUCCUCCCAGCUCCGUGAUUCUUCGUCAUCCUCUGGCUCCGUUCUCUUCUGGUCGUGGAACAAGGUAUGA